ACGUUACACUCCAUCCCGAAAGGGACGGGCCGCGGAGACGCCACCUGAGGUCUGCGGAUGUAUAUUGACGGGCUGUGUGCCGUCGAAUUCCUCGCCCCAGCUGACCCCGAUGUGCGCUACACAGGCACGCUGGCUGCCGCGGCGCCGCUGGACUACGAGCGCGGGCGCCGACACGCGCUCGUCGUGCGCGCCACCGACAGCGUGACGGGCGCAGCCGCCGACCUGGCCGUGACCGUGAGCGUGCUGGACGUCAACGACUGCGCGCCCGAGUUCUCCGAGCCCGAGUACCGCGCGGCCGUGUCGGAGGCGGCCGCCGUGGGCCACACGGUGCUGGUGCUGCGCGCCGCCGACUGCGACUCCGGAGCCGGCGGCGAGGUGCGCUACUCCGUGGCGGCGUGGCGCGCGGCCGCCGACGACGCCGCCGCGGGCUCGUUCGCCAUCGACGAGCGGUCGGGCGCGCUGCGCGUGGCGACGCCGCUGGACCGCGAGCGGCGCGCCGACCACCACCUGCUGGUGACGGCGACGGACGCGGGGUCGCCGCCGCUCUCCACCGCGGUGCACGUGUUCAUCGCCAUCUCGGACGUGAACGACUGCUGGCCGCGCGUGGAGCGCGCCGUGGUGGGCGCGCUGGUGUCGCGCGAGGGCGCGCGCGGCGUGGCCGUGGCGCGCGUGGCGGCCUGGGACCCCGACGCCGGCGACGCGCCGCGCCUGCGGUUCGCGCUGGCCGCGGGCGGCGGCGCGCUGGCGCUGGACGCGCGCUCCGGCGUGCUGUCGCUGGCGCGGCCGGGCGCGCUGGCCGCCGCGGCCGCGCGCUCGCUCAACGUGUCGGUGUCGGACGGCGCGCGCGCCACGCUCGCACGCGUCAAGCUCACGCUGGCGCCCACCAACGCCGCGGCGCCGCGCUUCCCGCACCUGGUGUACGAGGCGCGCGCGCUGGAGAACCAGGCGCCGCCGCUGCUGCUCACCACCGUGAAGGCGGUCGACGACGACCCCGGCGAGUACGGCGCGGUCACGUACUCCAUCCCGUCCGCCCGGCUGCGCGAGACGUUCGCGGUGGACAGCGCCAGCGGCGCGGUGAGCGCGCUCGUGCCGCUGGACCGCGAGGCGCGCGCCGAGUGGGCCGUGCCCGUGCUGGCGGCGGACGGCGGCGGCCGCGGCCAGCACACGCUGGUGCGCGUGCGCGUGGCCGACGUCAACGACCACGCGCCCGCCUUCCCGCUGCCGGAGUACCGCGCCGCCGUGCGCCGCGACCGCGCGCCGCGCCUGCCCUUCCUGACGCCGUCCGCCGCGGACGCGGACGCGGGCGACAACGCGCGCCUGCUGUACUCGCUGGACGAGGGCGAGGCCGCGGGCGACGCCGCCGGGCUGCUGGCCGUCGACCCGCUCACCGGCGCGAUAUCGUUCGCGCGGAACGCCACCGCCUUCGGCGGGCGCACGCUGCACGUGCGGGUGGUGGCGCGCGACGGCGGCGGGCGCGCGGGCGGCGCGGACGUGGCGGUGCGCGUGCUGCGGCGCGGGGAGCGGGCGCCGCGCCUGGCCGCGCCGCCGCCCGCCGUGUUCGUGCGCGAGGACGCCGCGCCCGGCCUGCUGGUGCUGGAGCUGCGCGCGCCCGGCCCGCUGCCGCGCCUGCGGCUGGCGUGCGCCACCGCCGCGCUGGAGCUGGACGCGGGCCGCGUGCUGCUGGCCGCGCCGCUGGACCGGGAGGCGGCCGCCGACCACGUCGUCGGAGUGAUCGCGGAGGGCGAGGACCCGUCCCUGGCCACGCAGCUGCUGUUCCACCUGCACGUGCUGGACGUCAACGAGCACGCGCCGUCGUUCCACUCCGACCCCUACGUGCUGCACCUGGCCGAGAACACGCCGCCCGGCACCUCCGUCCUGCAGCUGAUGGCGGACGACCCCGACGCGGGCGCCAACGGCGAGGUGCGGUUCUCGCUGGGCGAGUGGCAGGACGCCGACGAGGGCCACGAGCUGCCGUUCGCCGUGGAGGCGGAGAGCGGCUGGGUCGUGGUGACGCGCGGCCUGGACCGCGAGCGCCGCGCCGAGUACCGCGUGGGGCUGCGGGCCAACGACCUGGCGCCCGAGCCGCGCGCGGCGGCCGGCACGCUGCUGGUGCGCCUCGUGGACUACAACGACUGCCCGCCGGCCUUCGCGCAGGCGCGCGGCGCCGCCGCCGUGCGCGAGGACGCGGCCGCGGGCACGCUGGUGGCGCGCGUGCGCGUGCGCGACGCCGACGCGGGCGCGCAGCCGCCGCUGGCGUACUUCGUGGCGGGCGGCGACGAGCGAGCGCGCUUCCAGCUGCGCGCGGGCGAGCUGCUCGUGGCGCGCGCGCUGGACCGCGAGGCCGCGCCGCACUACGCGCUCACGCUGGCCGCCACCGACGGCAAGUUCACCGCCUACGCCGCCUUCAACGUCACCGUGCUCGACGUCAACGACAACCCGCCGUACUGUCCGCGAUACCGCUACCGCGUGCGGCUGAGCGAGGACGCCGCGCCCGGCACGCCCGUGUGCGCGCUCGAGACGCGCGACGCCGACGAGCCCGCCAACGCGCGCCUGCGCUACUUCCUGACGGGCGAGCGCGCCGAGCACUUCGCCGUGGACAAGGACACGGGCGCCGUGACCGUGGCGGCCGCGCUCGACCGCGAGACGCACGCCGCCUACCGGCUGCGCGUGCACGCGGCCGACCGCGAGCGGCCCGACUGGGCGUGCAGCUCCGAGCUCGAGGUGGCGCUGGCCGACGUCAACGACAACGGGCCGCUGUUCUCCGCGCCGCUGUACAGCGCCACGCUGCCCGAAGACGCCGCGCUGGGCACGCUCGUGGCCAAGGUACACGCGUCCGACGCAGACUUGGGAGAGAACAGAUCGGUGAGCUAUUCCUUCGUGGGAGAGUACAGCGGGUUCGAGCUGGCGCCCGACAGCGGCAUCGUGACGCUGCGCGCCGCGCUCGACCGCGAGACGGCGGCCGAGCACCGCCUGCUGGUGCGCGCGGGCGACGCGGGCCGGCCGCCGCGCUCCGCCACGGCCACGCUGCGGCUGGCCGUGGCCGACGUCAACGACAACCCGCCCCAGUUCGAGCGGCGCGCGUACGCGGCGCGCGUGCCCGAGCUGGCGCCGCCCGGCACGCGCCUGCUGAGCGUGCGCGCCGCCUCGCGCGACGCGGGCGUCAACGCCGACGUGGCCUACGCGCUGGUGGGCGGCGACGAGCGCGACGACUUCCACCUGGACCGCGUCUCCGGCGUGCUGUCCGUGGCACGCCCCCUGGACUUCGAGCGGCGCCGCGCCUACCUGCUCACCGUGCAGGCGGUCGACGGAGGCUCCCCGCCGCUCAGCGACCACGCCGUCGUCAACAUCACCGUCGUCGAUGGCAACGACAACGCGCCCGUGUUCUCGCAGCCGACGUACGGAGCCCGCGUGCGGGAGGACGCCGCGCCCGGCACGCGCGUCCUGCAGAUCAUCGCGGACGACGCCGACGCCGAAGACAACGGGCGCAUCCGCUACUCGCUCGCGCGGGACGGGGAGGGGCGCUUCGUCGUCGAUGCGGACACCGGGUAUCUAUCGGUGGCGGCGCCGCUCGACCGGGAGACGAAGCCGGCCUAUCGGCUUGAGGUCCGAGCCCGCGAUCGCGGCGUGCCGGUUCUCGAAACCUCCGCAAUCGUGGACUUGGAGCUGCUCGACGCGAAUGACAAUCCACCAUUGUUCACUCAGACCAACUAUUCUGCCGUAAUUCAAGAAGACAAGCCUCUCGGACACCUCAUACUUAAGUUCGUAGUCACCGACGCGGACGCAUCUCCGAACGGUGCGCCCUAUACGUUCGAUUUUCAAUCCGGCAACGAAAUGGGAGCUUUCAGGCUGGAGCAAGACGGCUCUCUUAGAUCGGCGACGCACUUCAACCAUCGUAUCAAAGACCACUACGUACUCCAAGUGCGCGUGUUCGACAACGGGACCCCUCCCCUGUUCUCCGACGCCUGGGUGUACGUUAAAAUCAUUGAAGAAUCUCAGUAUCCACCGGUCGUCACCCCUCUGGAGAUCGUCGUCAACUCUUACGUGGACGAGUUUCCCGGAGGAGUUAUCGGACGGGUGUUCGCGUCCGACCGCGACGCGUACGACACGCUGAGAUACUCUCUGGCGCCCGUCGACGGUGUUUUCUUUACCGUCUCGGAACUGUUCCGGAUAGAUCAGACGGACGGAACGCUCGAGGCGGUUCCUCGCUUGGACGUCGGUGAAUAUCGACUCAAUGUGACGGUCAGCGAUGGGAAAUUUGACGGAUUCGCAAUAGUCAAGAUAACCGUCGUGCUGAUAUCCGAGGAGAUCCUGGAGCGAGCCGUCGUAGUGCGCUUCCGUGAAGUGACCGACGGCAACUUUAUUCUCCGUCAUCGCAAGGGUUUCAUCGGAGCGAUCCGAGAGGCGACAGACUGCGGCCCCGGCGACGUAGUAAUAAUCAGCGUGCAGCCUUCCGAAGAAGAGACCGGGUCGAGCGGCGGCCGACCUCCGCGACAAGUGGCUCGAGACUUGGACGUCGCGUUCGCCGUUCGGUCUCCGGAGCCGGACGCGUACCUGAGCGCGGACACUCUGCGGCGGCGGCUGCACGCGCACCUCGUGAGGCUCGAGGAGCGGACGCGGCUGGUGGUGGAGGAGCUGGUGCGCGCCGCGUGCGGGGGCUGCGCGCACGGCGCCUGCGUGGAGCGCGUGGAGCUGAAGGACGAGCCGAGAGCCAUCUCGACCGACGUGUUCGCGCUUGUCGCGCCGGCGCACGCCGUGCGCGGGGCGUGCGCCUGCGAGCCGGGCUACGCGGGCGAGCGCUGCGACACGCCCGCGGACGACGACAGCUGCGGCAGCGAGCCCGAGUGCGGGCGCGGCGCGGCGGUGCUGCGGCUGGCGGGCGACGGGUACGUGGCGCUGCGCGUGGAGCGCGGUGUGGUGGGCGGCGCGCGCCUGCUGGAUGACGAGCUGCUGCUGUCGCUGCGCCUGCGCACGCGGGCGCCGCGCGGCACGCUGCUGGCCGCGGCCGGCCGCGUGGACUACCUGGCGCUGGAGGUGGAGGAGGGCCACGUGCAGCUGCGCAUGGAGCUGGGCGCGGGCGAGGCGCGCGUGCGCGGUGGCGCGGUGGCGGACGGCGCGUGGCACGAGGUGCGGCUGGAGCGGCGCGGCGCCGGCGCGCGGCUGGUGGUGGACCGGCGCGCGGCCACUGCGCAGGCGCCGCCGCCCGCCGCCGUGCUGGACGUGCGCGCCGACCGCGUGCUGCUGGGCGCCGCGCUGCAGAGGCACGCCCACGCUCUCGCCCCCGAGCAGAUUACUGAUGGAUUUAACGGAUGCAUCUCUGAUGUGAAACUGGGAGGCAAAUCGAUACCGCUAGAAGAGGGCGCCAGCUCGAACGACGGGCGCGUGCAGGUCGUGCGCCGCGUGCGCGCGCUCGUGGCGGGCGCGUGCGAGCCGCUGCCGCCCGCGCCGCCGUGCGCCGCGCACCCGUGCCGGAACGGCGGCACGUGCCGCGACGGGUCCGCCGGCUACACGUGCGACUGCCACGCGCGCUUCGCCGGCGGCCGCUGCGAGCUGGACACCGACCCGUGCGCGUCGCAACCCUGCCUGCACGGCGGGCUGUGCUCCGCCGCCGGCGCCGGCUCGUUCCGCUGCGCGUGCGGGCCCGGGCUGAGCGGUGCGCGCUGCGAGCACGGCCGCUGGUGCGCGGCGGGCGUGUGCGCGCACGGUGGCGCGUGCGAGGAGGGCGAGUGGGGCCCGUCGUGCCGCUGCCGGGGCUACUACGGGCCGCGCUGCCAGCACGACGUGGACGAGUGCGAGGGCGAGCCGUGCCUCAACGGAGCCACGUGCCUCAACGAGCCCGGCUCCUUCCGCUGCCUGUGCCCGCCGGACCUCACCGGCAUGAACUGCGGCAACCCGCUGUACUCGGACGCGGUGGUCGCCGGCGACGCGGGCUCCGGCGCGCGGGCGCUGCGCCAGCUGUGGGCGUGGGCCGUGCGCGCGCGCUGGCCGCUGGGCGCCGCCGCCGCCGCGCUGUUGCUGCUGCUGCUGCUGCUGCUGCUGCCGGCGUGGCUGCGGCGCCGCCCCCCGCCCGCGCCCGCGCCGCUCAACAGCGCGCUGGCCCAGCUGCCGCCGCGCUGCAAGCUGUCCAACCUGGCCGCCGCGGCCGUGCGCGAGCGGCCCGCCUCGUGCGCCGUGCCGCCGCUCAACAACAUCGACACGCUGCGCUCGUACGGCUCGGCCGGCGACGAGCUGGAGGGCCUGCCGCCCGACUACCUGCGCAACCUCAACAUCGAGCCCGACCGCAAGCCCUGGUCGGAGCAGAUGCACCUGCACACCUUCGUCGACAACAAAAUAUAUAACGAUCUCAAGAGCUGCAAGCCGCGCGUGUCGGUGCCGUCGCCGGGCGGGGGCGGCCAGUUGGUGGGAGGCUACCACUGGGACUGCUCGGACUGGUGCGGCGGCGGCGGCCUGCCCGGCAUCAGCGAGGUGCCCGGCUCCGAGCGCCCCGACUCGUCCUCGCCGGCGCCCUCGUCGCACGCGCCGCGCCCCGCGCUCGACACCGACGACCACCUCACCGACGUUUCAUCGUACCUACUGUCCGCGGAGGAGUGCGCGGGCGACAGCGGGGGCGGCGCGGGGGAGGAGGGAGUGGGGACGGGGACGGGCCGCCUGGCGCGCUCGCUGCGGGGC